GCUUGUGGCGCGGCGGCCCCGAGGAGCGGGGGCGAGCGGCGCUGCGGGCCGUGGGAGGAAGCGCUGCGCCCGGCCCGACGGCGCUCGUUGAGCCACAUCCGCGGGUCGCCGGCAACGCUGCCGGCGCCUGUCACGGCCCCUCCAUUUUGAAGGAAGGAGGCCGCCGUUCCCACCGCAGGGGCGGCAGCCGCGCUCAUGGCGUUCAGUCCCUGGCAGAUCCUGUCGCCCGUGCAGUGGGCCAAGUGGACGUGGUCCGCGGUCCGCGGCGCGGGCGCGGGAGAGGAAGAAGCCGGAGGUCCCGAGGGCGACCCCGAGGAGGAGGAGGACUCGCAAGCCGAGACCAAGUCCCUGAGUUUCAGCUCGGAUUCUGAAGGUAAUUUUGAAACUCCUGGAGCUGAAACUCCAAUCAGAUCGCCUCUCAAGGAGUCUUGUGAGUCAUCCCCAGGAUUGGCAGAACCCGAGGCCAAAAAUCAAGAAUCACAAGAAGCCAAUGAGCAGUUCAUAGCAGAAGUAAUUGAAAAAUGUUCAUCUGAUGCGUGUUCUAGAUCUUCAGAAAAUGAGGCACCACAGGCGACCACUGAUUCUCACUCAGUCAAGGAUGUCAAAGGAGAAACCCCACAUGAUGUUAGUAAGAUCUCAGUAGUGAGGCCAUUUUCAGUAGAAACCAGGAGUUCCACAGAUGACCCAGCUGCUCUGGGAACAAAAGCAGCUCAUGGCCGUGAACCUGCACUCUCAGGCAAGGCUUUGCCCUCCACUGCAUCAGAAGCUCCUCAGGAAAAGCCAGUGACAGAAGGAGGCAUGGCGGUUACAUUUGAGGCCUUUACGGAAGCUGGUCUGAAGCCUGGAGAGCCCGUGGCCAGCAGAAGCAAGCUAAGAAAGCCCAAGCCUGUCUCCCUGAGGAAGAAGACAGCUGGAGGUGAUGCCUCUGAAACGGAAGCGACCAUGGAGGGUUUGCCUUUCCCUAAGGCUUCCUCCCUGUCGGUUCCCGAUGAAGUGGCUAAGAACAUGCAUCCUGGUGUGCUGAGAGGUACCAGGGCCCAGAAAUCUUCCCUUAACCUGAGAGAAGCUGCGGACACUCUUAGUAACGGCACCAGUGGCUCAGGGUGUGAGCUGCAGGAGGGGUCCAGGAACUCAUCUAUCAAACUUGAGUAUGAUUUUACAGAAGAUGGGGAACAUAUCGAGGCCAGGAAUGACCUUCCAAGGAAACCUACUAACAAACUAAUGCCCAGCAUGCGGAAAGAUGGCAUCAGUCAGGCAGUAGAUGUCGAACAGCCUGCAGACCCAAGAGUCCAAGAUGCCUCACUCUCCCAAACGUCUGCUAAGCUAGAUUCUAGAUGGGAUCACCCCAACUUUAAUUCCUCUGGGAGCUGCCCCAUUCUGCAGAGCUCCCCACCCCUCUCCUCCAAAGGCUCCUACCACUUUGACCCAGAUAACUUCGAUGAGUCUAUGGACCCCUUUAAGCCAACCACAGCUCUGACAAGCAGCAACUUUUGUUCCACUACUGGUAAUCAUGUUAAUGAAAUCUUAGACUCACCCAAGAAGGCAAAGUCGCGUUUAAUAACGACUACUGAGCAAGUGAAAUUUCUCUGUUUUCUGUUGAGUGGCUGCAAGGUGAAGAAAUACGAAACUCAGUCUCUCGAUUUGGAUACGUGUUCUCAGGACGAAGGAGCCGUGAUUUCACAGCUCUCAGACAUUUCUAAUAGGGACGGCCACGCUACCGAUGAGGAGAAACUGGCGUCCACAUCCUGUGGUCAGAAAUCAGCCGGGGCAGAGGUGAAAGGCAUAGAGAAGGAGGCGUGCCAGAAGACAGAGAAGGAGGAGUCGGCUGGGCAUGGACUGCUGGAGUCCUCUUUGGAAAAGGCCCCCGUGUCUGUGGCCUGUGGGGGUGAGAGCCCCCUGGAUGGGAUCUGCCUCAGCGAAGCCGACAAGACUGCUGUGCUCACUUUGAUCAGAGAGGAGAUAAUCACUAAAGAGAUUGAAGCAAACGAAUGGAAGAAAAAGUACGAAGAGACCCGAGAAGAAGUCUUGGAGAUGAGGAAAAUUGUGACUGAAUAUGAAAAGACUAUUGCCCAAAUGAUUGAAGACGAGCAGAGGACGAGCAUGACCUCUCAGAAGAGUUUCCAGCAGCUGACGAUGGAGAAGGAGCAGGCCCUGGCUGACCUCAACUCUGUGGAAAGGUCCCUUUCUGAUCUCUUCAGGAGAUACGAAAACCUGAAAGGCGUGCUUGAAGGGUUCAAGAAGAAUGAAGAAGCCUUGAAAAAAUGUGCGCAGGAUUACUUAGCUAGAGUUAAGCAAGAAGAGCAGCGAUACCAGGCCCUGAAGAUUCACGCAGAGGAGAAGCUGGACAGAGCCAACGAAGAGAUCGCUCAGGUUCGCUCGAAGGCGAAGGCCGAGAGCGCUGCUCUCCACGCUGGACUCCGGAAGGAGCAGAUGAAGGUGGAGUCCCUGGAAAGGGCCCUUCAGCAGAAGAAUCAAGAAAUUGAAGAACUGACAAAGAUCUGCGACGAGCUGAUCGUGAAGCUGGGAAAGAUCGACUGAGGUUCCUCCCGUGAGCUGUGCAGGUCUGAGUUUGGCUGCUUGUGUCCUGACCACAGAUUUCUUGCCUUAUCCAGAAAUGAUCUCCCCUUUGCAGAGAAAAAUAACUUCUAGAAAAGCACAUGCCCGCAGCUGCCUGUCCGCUUCACCGCCGCAGCCGGAGCCUGGCUGGUGGGGAGGAGUGAUGCGGCAGCCGAGUCCUGCGCGUCCGUCCGUCCGUCCAUCCAGGCUGUCGUUUCCAUUAGACGGGCUGGGCUGCCGGGUCCGGUGUGUGCUUCUCCAUCUUCAGUUUUUCUUGCUGUGGACUCUACUUUUCCCCAAGUGUGUGCAAUUUCUAAGUUUGUGGCAACUGUGUGGGAUCGUCUUCCCAGCACAUAUUUGAUAUUCUUAUGACCUGGCUAAUCUUUUAAAUUUCAGUAUCAACAGUUUUAUCGAAGGAGACAAUUUGGCCUAUUGCUACUAACAGUUUAUGGAUGAGACUCUGAGUUCCCAUAAUUUACAGACUUACUUUUACUCAUGCACACACAUCUAUACAUGCUGCCCCCCCCCAAUAUUCAGAUAAGGAUUUCUAGGGAGGAGCAUAGUUAUGUGAGUCAAUGUAGAUCUUCUUUGGAAACAGAACCCCAGGUCUAAAAACCAGCGUCAUACUUUGUAGGGGCUGAUGACACAGCUCUUUGCUAAAGUGUUCCCUGUUCGCAAAGCCCUGGGCUUGAUCCCCAGAACUACAAGAACUGGAUAUUGUAGGGCAUACCGGUAAUCUCAAGACUCCAGAAGUGGAGGCAGGAGGAUCAGGAGUUCAAGGUCAUCCUGAACUGCAUAGCCAUGUGGAGGCCACGUUUCAGGAAAGGGGUGAGUGGAAGCAGGGUGACAUCUUAGCUAUUGGAGGCUAGGGCAGCUAGGAGGCUAGGGAAAUCACCCAGACCCGGAGUUUAAGGACAGCAUAGCACCAGGCAGAAUAGACCUUUUCUCAGAAAUCAAACACCCAAACUAAAACUUGAGUCAGGGUGGGGAGAUUGGGCAUAGGAAGAUCAGGGGUGCAGGUUUUAUGUCCAAGGAAGACUUGGCUGUGCUAUUUGUUGCCCCUGGAUUUGGACACCCCUGAGCCCCAGCAUGGCCCUUGUGCUCGCACUGAAAGUAGCCUCUUCCAUCUCCAUGAGCAGCAGCGUAGGCUUCCCUCAGAGCUGGCCUUUGAUGGAUGUGUCCACCUGGGGGCAGUUAGGCUCUAAAACAAAGUCAGCUGCUGUUAUCUAUUUGCAAUACACCCAAAAGGGACUUGGGAAAGGGUCAGCUCAUCUUGUUAAAAGAUAGGGCCGCCUAAGGACCAGUUAGAGGGUGAAGGACUGUGGUUUUCUGUGUUUCUAAGGACGGCACACUUCAGAGACUUAAAAACAACAAAUUUUUUGUUGUUGUUGUUUUGGCUUGGUUUUUCAAGACAGGGUUUCUCCAUGGCUUUGGAGGUUGUCCUGGUACUCACUCUGUAGACCAGACUGGCCUUGAACUCACAGAGAUCCACCUGCCUCUGCCUCCCGAGUGCUGGGAUUAAAGGCAUGCACCACCAACGCCCAGCAACAAAUGUUUUCAUACUUGAAGUAGACUUUUAAACAAAACAGGCAGUAAAAAGUCAUGUGACUCAUUCCCCAUAUCAGUUUGAAUGCUGGGUAGCGAGCUACAGGGAGAAGGAAGGUCCACAGAGACAAAAUGAAAUUCUGUAAACUCAUACUGGGGACAUUAACCUCCAAAUAGACAUUUCCCACAUUGAUGCCAGUGAGUUCCUUACCAUUUGAUAGACAAAACCAAAUUCAUUCAAGCUUGUUUUUUUGUUUUGUUUUGUUUUUUAAAGACAGGGUUUCUCUGUGGCUUUGGAGCCUGUCCUGGCACUAGCUCUCGUAGACCAGGUUGGUCUUGAACUCACAGAGAUCCACCUGCCUCUGCCUCCUGAGUGCUGGGAAUAAAGACGUGCACCACCAACGUCUAGCCUCAUUCAAGUUUUAACUCAUUUUUUGCCUUAAUUUUCUACCCUGAGUCAUCAUGGUAAAUAUGCACUAUUCAGUACACACGUUUUCCUCCUUGUAAAAAUAUUGCAUGGCCAAACUCCAGAAAUGAAUUGUGCCUCAUAGAGAAACUCUGUAGAUCUUAGAAACAGCGUUCCUUUAGUGGCGUGUCACUAUGUGGUGCAAGCUUUAGCUUCAGGUAGCGAGUAAUGUCUUUUCAAGCUAGAAAUCACAUUUUGUCAAUAUGCAUUUAUUAUAAUCUAUUAUAAUUGGUGCUUAGGUUAGGCUGCAUUUUGAGGCCUACUGUCUUAAGACUUUCUACAAAAAACACAAACAGAAGUUAUCUGUGGUUGGAGAAAUGGCUUGACAAUCAUUUGGAUUCUGAACUUAGUCACAGUGGCUUGUAGCUGUAGACAUACUGUCAGGUUCAAGCUCUUCAGGGGACAUAACCAGCUUCAGCUUAGCGCUCUUCCACAAGGGAAGUUAAUUUUGCAUUUUGAGAAACACCGCAGAAGUUUCUGCUACAGUAUUAUGGUGGUAUCCAUGUGUGUGCUUUGUAUUGUAUUGACUUAUUUUCAGUAUGAAAGGCUUAGAGUGGGCUCCAUCAUAAAGCUAUUGUCCUUUUAUUUGGGGGGGGGGGUACUGGGACUCAUACCCAGGGCCUUGGCUUGGCCAUGCUAGGCAGGUCCUUCACUGUGGAGCUACAUCUCUGGCCUCAGUCAUCUUUUAUGCAUGUGUAUUUUUAAAGCAUCCUAUGCUCUAUACUACAAAGCAUAGAAGAGGCGUGAUGACCAUCCUUCCCUGCCUCACUGGCAGAAGAGACCCCUUGGAAAACCGGCCCUGCUAAAUGGAGUUGUUGUAAGUACAGGGGACAUGAAAUAAAUCCUUUAAGCGGUGUUUGCCAGUGGCCUCAUAGUCAUCACCAUUGCCAGGAAGUGUCCACAACUUCCAGCUUAUGGCUACUCUCCAACAAGGAUAAAAAUGUAGUUUGCAGAGCUGGCAAAUUAAGAAAAUAUACUAGGCAGAGUAAAGUAUUUAUUUUUCUUUUAAUUAAAUGGGUUCUAAAAAGCUCUUAGUGCUCUAGAGAGUCAAAAUAUAAAGUUUUCUUCAACACUUGUGGGGAUCAAAUAUUUGUGUUUGUUAGGCAAUUAAAAGGGGGACCAGGCAUGGUGCCAUACACCUAUCAUCCUGGAGGCAGAGGCAGGGGACCAAAAGUUCAGACCUGACUGGGCUAUACAGUGAGACCCUGUCUUCAAAGUCUUAUGAGCUGGGGGUGUAGCUAAGUAGUAGAGCUUACUCACCAUGCACAAGGCAUUGGUGUCAAUCCCCAGUGUUGUAAAAAUAAAGAACAAAAAACCCCUGAAACCCAGGGGAAAUGGAAAGUGGUUUGGGAACACUAGGUGGUCUUGUUGAGACCCAUUUCUUUAGUUCGACUUUGCCAAAGCAUAGACAGCUUUUGCCUGGCAGCAUCCCAGACCAGUUCACCGUGAGAUUCCCUCCUCUCUUUGGAGACCGGUAACUUCCCUAAAUGCUGCAUGCUCUGUGCUUGGUGCUCUAGAGUGGAUUCAAGCAUCUCCAGAACCAGACCAAAUUAGGAAGUGCAGAAGCACACAGCGGGGGAGCUCUGCUCUGGCGGGAGAUCCCUGUCGUUAGGAUUAGAAUUCAAGCUAAACUUUCUCUCCAGCCCGCACCCCCUUUCUCCCUAUGCAGACUGGGCACAGCCUAUGCACAAAAAUGCUCAUUCUCUAGGCAGCCCCGGAUAGACCACAGUAGACUGAAGCCCUCACUUGCAGCAAAGAUAGCUCUGGCUAGAAAGGGCCCCUUUGCAGCUCAUAGACAUCGGAAACUGUGACAAAGUUCAGGGCAAGCUGAAUUGGAAGUGGUUCGGACCUUCUGCAACUCACUUCCUACUGAGUUCUUUAAUCUCCCAUUUCAGUUGGUGAUUUUAGGAAUCAGUUGUCCUGCUGUCUGUUGGUAAGUCUGUGACCCUCCGAGCUCGCUCUCAGGUUUUUCUUCCUCUUGGGAAGAGAGAAUGUAGGUAUUGAAAGAGUAAAUGAUUCAGGCAAGGAAUUUAAAGAUGUAUAUAUUAUGAAGACUUUCAAGGGUAGGAGAAUACUAUUACUUACUAGAGAACAGAUAAAGUCUGGGAAUCCCAUGACACUAAGCCAAAGGUCUAAGAAAUCAUCUUUCAAAAAGUUUUAAUAAGGAAGUUAUUUAAAGGAAACUAGUGUUCAAAAAGGUUUGACUGGCCUCCAGAUUCUAAUUCUUUAAAAAAAAAAACAAAAACAAUUUGCCAGGGCCCGGGAUGUAACUCAGUUGGUGACACACUUGCUCCGCAUGCUCAAGUCCCUGGAUUUCACUCCCAGUGCCGGGGAACAAAAAAGCAUUUACUACUAAGUUCUUCAGGGUCCCAUUGGAUAGUAAAGGGAAGCAAGUUACAGAGGCAGCCCUUCUUCCUCUUCUAGUAGUUUCCAUCCAGAUGCAGCCCCCCUCUCUGCCUGUCAGCAUGCAGUUAGAGCUGGACAAAUAAGAUUCCUGAGGAAUGACUUUCUUGACUAUACUAUGGUUUCAGCUUUAUGUAAACACAUGUAUUCUGGUUAUAGUUCCAAUAUGGAGAUGCUGCUGCAAUGCUGGCCUUAGGUAGUCUGUAUGAUGCUUCAACUGCUCAGAAGAGGCCAAGCAUGGGGCUAGGGUGUGGCCUGACCCUUCUCUGUGUGGAGUCUUCAAUACCAACUGUCCAGAUGCCACUCUACCGCUCUGCCCUUUGUGGUAUCUGAAUAUGCUCAACAAAAGUGCUUCCUCUUCCCAUAAGUAACUGACUAUAUCUGUGAAUAAUUUUCAGAUUGACACAUAUAAAUUUGGACUCUGGAGCCACAUCCAAUCCAGAUACAGGGCAGCGUGUAGGUCACACCUGCAGCCUCAGCUUCGUCCUUUGCAACCCUUGGGACAGGAUUUGGGCAUUCUGUGAAGUCCCCAAGGCAGCAUUCAGCUCUCCAGUAUCACUGUUAGCGAGUCUGUGUUUGCCCGUAGAUACCCACUGUACUAACGUGCCAAGUGUUAUUGCACACCUGCUUCCGCUGUGUCCCCCAGUGCCCUGAAGUGUGUGAGGACCCCCUCACUGGGUGGGGGGUACACACUGCAUUGACUCCUAUUGUAUGGAAUAAUCAUCCUCAUAGAUUUUAUACACAUAGUAAUUUCCCUUUUUAUAUGUCAGGUAAAUAUUUGUAAAAGUUAUACUCACACAAAAGAAUUAUUAUGAUAAUUACUAAUAUAUUUUUUCCAUGUUUCAUUGCCUGAAUAAAAACUGUUUACCACUGUUAAA